UUCCCUUUCCCUGUGACUUUUGGCAAUCAUGGGGCGUCGACCAGCCCGAUGCUAUCGCUACUGUAAAAACAAGCCAUAUCCCAAGUCACGUUUCUGCCGUGGUGUCCCAGAUGCAAAGAUCAGGAUUUACGACCUUGGUCGUAAAAAAGCAAUGGUAGAUGAUUUCCCCUUGUGUGUUCACAUGGUAUCUGAUGAACUUGAACAGCUCUCUAGUGAGGCUUUGGAAGCAGCUCGUAUCUGCUGCAACAAAUACCUAGUCAAGAGCUGCGGCAAGGACUCUUUCCACAUCCGUGUUCGUCUGCACCCUUUCCAUAUUGUUCGUAUCAAUAAGAUGUUGUCGUGUGCAGGAGCUGAUAGGCUCCAGACUGGUAUGCGUGGUGCUUUUGGUAAACCCCAAGGUACUGUAGCACGUGUGCGCAUUGGUCAGGCAAUCAUCUCUGUCAGAACCAAAGAUGGCAACAAGGAACAUGCCAUUGAGGCUCUCAGAAGAGCAAAGUUCAAGUUUCCAGGACGUCAAAAGCUUUUUGUCUCUCGCAAGUGGGGCUUCACUAAGUUCGACAGAGACAUCUAUGAGAAGUGGCGGGCAGAGGGAAGACUACUACCAUGUGGUGUACACGCAAGCUACAUCCGUGAACAUGGACCACUGUCAGAGUGGAAAAAGCGCAAUAAGUAGAACCCUGUAUUGAUGCUUGUACCAUGUUGUGAAAAACAUCUAAUAAAUCUGAAUGGAAUUGCA